AUGUAUUCCUACCGAGGACGUGGAGGCCCUCGCCAGGCCACACCGACCAACGUACAGUGUCAGAAAUGUCUCAAGAGAGGUCACUAUUCGUAUGAGUGCAAGGAGUCGUCUCAGGCCAGGCCUUACGUACCUCGCCCCUCGAGAACUCAACAGUUACUCAACCCAAAUCUUAUGCCCAAAUUAACAAACGAUACGCCAGAUGAUUCGCUGCGAAAAAAGGGAAUUGCAGAUGAGGAGCUUGCCAAGAAGGAGGCUGAAAGAGCCAGAAAGCGAGAACUAGAGGAGCGUGAUGAGGAACUUAUUAGACAGACAGACGCCAAACGCAGAAGAUCUGAGUCUGUUGAUUCCGUUUCCACUAUAUCGACAAACCGCUCGGCUUCUCCGCCAGCCAGACGGCGUUCGCCAUCACCCGUGCCCGCCCGCCGUAGGCAGAGGUCACCUGAGGAAAGCAAAGGCAGCCGGCGAAGAUCACUCAGUCCAGAGAGUGAUGGCGAUGGCUCUGUCUCAAGAAGGUCACCAAUGAGCAGACAAACGCAAUCGCCGCCCAGACGUCACCAGAGAUCCCUUUCUCCGGGCAGCCGAUCUCCUCCUGCAACUCAUAACAGGAGGUAUCGUGAGAGGGACGAGGACUAUGUAAGACCGACUGUCAGACCCAGUCAAGAACGUCAACCUGCUCGUGAUACCUCCGACUCUCGGGAGUCUUCCAUUUCUCGCAGCGGUGACAUUCGAGAUAGUCGGCGAUCUCUUUCCAGAUCUCCCCAUCGACGUGGCCCAAGAUUCGAAGGUCGUUCAGAUAGGGGUGGUGAAAGAGGCCAAGGAUAUCGAGGAGGACCUAAAAACCGUCUUGAACGGAGUGGCAGGAAUGACAGGCCAGAGAGAGGAUCUGAAAAAAGACAACCUGAACGCGAGCGCAGUCUUAGUCCGUUCAGCAAGAGAUUAGCUUUAACGCAGUCGUUGAACAUGGGCAGAUAG